AUGACAAGUGUAGAUGCAGAGUUUGUCACGAAGAAGAAAGUCAAGGGUCGGGCUGUUGUAGAAUUCCUGGCUGAGAAUCCUACAGUAGAUGAUGAACCAUGGGAGCUAGAAUUUCCAGACGAACAUCUGUUAUGUGUUGAAGGAGGGGUCUGGAAAUUAUACUUCGAUGGAUCAGCUAAUAGGAAUGGAGCUGGAGCUGGCAUUAUGAUUGAAGCACCCAAUGGCGAGGUAACAACAAUGUGUAAACGAUUGUUGUUCCCGAUCACCAACAACAUGGCAGAAUAUGAAGCGUGUAUCAUGGGAAUUGAGUCUCUUCUUGCAUCAGGCGCUAAGGAGGUUGAGGUGAUAGGAGAUUCAAGGAGGUUGAGAAUCUCAGAUGCCUUGGCAAACCUAGCAUCAGCAUGGCAGGAUUUGAGCAAAGUCCCAAAGAAGCCAUUUAUCAUUAUCGUGGCAAAUAUCCCAUGCUAUGAAGAACAUUUUGUGAAUCAGGUUGAGUCAAAGGAAGAACCUUGGUUUUUGGAUAUUCUGCGACACAUGAAAGAUGAAACCUUUUCUAAUGAAGCAACAAAAGAAGACCGAUCGGUUCUACGAAAAAUGGCUUUGAACUAUGUCCUAGCCGAUGGUGAACUAUAUAGGGAAACCUAUAUAGGAGAGCCUGGGAUGGAAUGCUGCUAA